AUGUGCCGCGUCGUACUGCUCAACCAGACCCAGUACGUCAAUCAUCAGUUGGGAGCGGGGCUCCCGAGUAUCCCAGGACGAGAUAACUCGUCCGACGUCCGUUCACGUCGCGGUGGUUUAACAGCUGCUCAACUAGAUAGCGCUGGCCACCGCGAGAGGCCUCCAAUGGAGGUGGAGGAGGAGGAAAGACGCUCUCCACACGAUCAUGGGGAUCCGUGUGUUCCCGAGAGCUUCUUUGAUCGCGUAACGCAAGGGUUGCGCAACGAUCUCGAACAUGAGCGGGACAGGCGUCUCCAGAUGGCGGACACUGUCUCGAAGCACCGAGCUGAGUUUGCCUUUGCUCAGCUUGAGAACGAAAGAGCUCUGACAUCUCUGCGUGACGAGCUAAGGGUAGCUCGUGGGAUUGUUGAUCGGUCUCGGGAUGAGAUAGCUGCUCUUCAGACCCUUGUUGAUGCCCACCAUCGGGAGCACAAGGCUCUCUGCGAGAUGCUUGAGCGCAAGGGCGUUCUUCAUCGGAAGAAGCAGCGUACUGACGGUACGGCUUAA